UGGUUUCACAUAGUAGAUCAUGUCUUACAAAGUGGCAAAGAAAGGACACUGGAUGCUCUUACGUAAUUGUGAAGGAUGGCUUGAUUUUGGACCAAGGCCUAUGCAAGGUGAGGCUUGUGGUAGUGGACAACACCCUGACCCUUUGCCUUUGGGGCUCAAAUAUUCGAGAGGGCAUCUGUUCAUUUUCCUUUAGAUAGGCACUCAUCCUCCUCUUACCUGGAAAUGGUUUAUUAUGUGUACCUAAAAUUAGCGGUCCAUGCGACUGUGUUAGAGGUGGGUUGACAACACAGCUAGAAGGGUGGGUGGCGUCGGGCAGUGUAGCAAUGUCGUGGUGGUAUUGGUAAGGUGUCCAGUAUCAUUUCAAAGUUUUUUGGGUAUUGGUGGUGGAGGUGAUGGUGAUUGUUGGAAAAAUAAUCUCUGAAGUUAAUGGCAACCCUUCUUGGAACUCCAGCUCAAAAGGGUAUCCAUUGUUGAAAAAUGUUGAGUGCUACCUCUUUACAGUUUGUAUAUAAUCUGAAAAGAAUAUAUAUUGAGUUAAGCAAGUUCCAUUCAACCUUGAUUACCUUUUUAAGAGGAUUAUGUGUAUAAAAGAAUUGUUUGAUUCUACUGAAUUAGUUCUUGUGGCUCAAGUCAUUGUUUGUCUUGAACCAGCGGGAUGAGAAAACUGACCAGAGUUCUCAAACACCUCCAAGUUGGGGCUUAAAUCAUAAACGAUGAUAUCGUAUGUUUUUUGUCAAAGUAAUUGUGAAGGAAUAACAUUACUUAUGGUAAAAAAUGGAGGUGGUAUCGGGAACAAAGAAAAGGAAAUUCUAGGACAGAUUGAGGGAAAAGAAUUAUUUAGUACUGGAGUGAUAAAGUACAACAAAUAAAAAUAAAUAAAUAAAGAUUGAGUUUCAAAUAUUAACAAGAAAGUAAGAAACAAGAGCACUUAAAAAUACAUAAUAUUUAAUUAUAAAGCUAAAACUAAACAGUAUGCAUUAAAUGAUUUUUAUGAAAAAUUAGUAACAAAAGAUGGUAAAACAACUAUUUACACGUUUUUUCGAAAUUUCAAUUUAAUAAUUGUGACAAGACAUGUGACCAGUGAUAUCUUAUUCUAAAAAUAAAAAAAUUAAUGUUCAAAUGUUCAAAUCUCCGAAAAUAUUGUAUCACAAUAUUUAUAUAUGUGUGUGUGUGUGUGUGACGACGACUUUUUAAAUAAAAAAAUAACCAUAAUUUGAGAACAUCAACGGUCAAAAUAAGAUAUUAAAUCCAAAAGUUUGACAAGGAAAGUGAGCAUGGUUAGUCAUUAUAUAUUUGAUAAUUUGUGACUGUAGAAUUGUACCCACCUAUUCUUCUCAAAGAUCUGAGGGAUGUCAGGACCUCAGUGCUGUGAGAACCCACCAACCCUCAGCUCAAGCUGUGGAGAAGGACAUGUCCAACAACUUGGAGCCCUCAAGUCUUACGUUACUGGCUCCCCUGAUUCCCAGCUUGCUAUCCUACUGGUUUCUGAUGUUUAUGGAUAUGAAGCUCCAAACUUGAGGAAGCUUGCUGACAAAGUUGGAGCCGCUGGAUUCUAUGUGGUGGUUCCUGACUUCUUAUAUGGAGAUCCCCAUGGAGAUAAUGCUGAAAAGCCUCUACAAGUUUGGAUAAAGGAUCACGAACCGAAUAAAGGAUUUGAAGAUGCACAACAUGUAAUUUCUGCUCUAGAAAGUAAAGGCGUGUCCAAAAUUGGAGCUGCAGGCUUUUGUUGGGGCGCCAAGGUGGUUGUGGAACUAGCAAAAUAUGCCUAUAUCCAAGCUGCAGUGAUGUUACAUCCUUCAUUUGUCACUCUAGAUGAUAUUCAGGGGGUUAAGGUUCCAAUUUCGGUACUAGGAGCUGAAAUUGACAACUAUUCUCCACCGGAACUCUUGAAACAGUUUGAGGGGGCCCUAAAUGCUAAGCCUGAGGUUGAUGGCUUUGUGAAGAUAUUUCCUGGAGCUACACAUGGCUGGACCGUGAGGUACAAGGAUGAAGAUGAAGUGGCUGUGAAGUCUGCAGAAGAGUCUCACCGAGAUAUGUUGAAUUGGUUUGUUAACUACCUAAAGUAAGAAUAUUAUUAAAUUAUAUGAAUAGUUUUUUGAUGUGUAAUAUAAGUGACAAUGUGUGAAAUUAUGGAACAAUUUGAUGUGUUGUAACUUGCGUAAAAGAGUUUUAAAAUGUGUGGUAAUUUGAAAGUAUCUGGAAUUGCUGUUUGCUUUGAUAGUUAUGAAAGCUUUUGAAGACUAGAA